GUAACUCUAACGUUACAACAGUCUCAAGUUUUUGUAACCACGUCUCAAUUUGCGUCUCAAAUUUCUUCCACAAGUUCCACACUCGUCGCAAGUUGAUGAUUCAUCUCAAUCUCAAUCUCGUGAAUCCACUCAUAACACCGCUCACUCCAAAAGAGAAUAAAAUUCCUGGAAUUAAGAUGUAAUAAAUAAGAGGAGGGGAUCCUAAAAUAAUUUCGAGUGAUAAGAACAACAAAUUGUAGACGUAAAUUUUGAAGUACAACAUUAUCUUCCCGUUUGGCUGGAGUCGUCUUUGGAAGUGCCCCAAACCGGAAAUAGGGGAUGGCUGUACAAUUUUUCUAAAUAAAAUCGCUGCUGGACAACGGUUUUAAUUGUUCUUGCUAUUGAUUGGGGUGGGGUACCGGUGUUUCAAAGAAGUAUUAAGAAUUGAUCAAGUUGGACACAUAAAUCCAGUGUGUUUCACUCAUCAUCAUCAUUAUGGGGAAGUUUUCUGGAUUGAUUAGCUCUGCCAUUUUUAUUGGACUGUUUGCAAUUCUAAUAUAUUUCUGUUGUCGAGUGAAGCGCAAGGGCGCAGUACUUCAGCGAGCUAACAAUUUUGAGAACAGAGCAGCUGACGGAACAACCACCGUGACCAUUUUGCAGCAAGCGACUCCAGUUCCUGGUGGAGGAAUGGGCGCAUAUCCCACUCAGAGUUACGCACCUCCAAUGGCUGCUGGCGUAUAUGGACCAACUACUGUACCUGCCGGACAAUCUUACCCUCCUUAUCCUUAUCCGAUGGCCAAUAAUUCCAAUCUGCCUUAUCCUACCAACGGAGCUAGUGGUGGUAUGCCCAUGCCAAUGCCAGGACAUAACGCAUUUCAACAAUCGGGAGCUCCAUAUCCAAUGGCUCCAUCAGCUCCCAAUAAUGAUGAUUACGACAAACCGCCAGCCUACGAAGAUGUGAUUCGACAACAUUAAACUAUGUACAUGCCAAGUCAAGUAACAAUCAAAUAGAACUAGCUUAUGUUUCAAAAUUCGAUUGUACUGCUUAUAUUUCUUUACUGUAAUACUCUUAUCGAAUCGAAAACUUGAUAUGAAUGACAAGAACGCCUUGCUUCUCGCCAUAAGUAUGAUUUUCAAUAUGUUGUCAUCUGCGUUGUAAAUGUUUUUGAAAAUAAUGCCCUACUGCCUACAUGAUAUAAUUCCUACAUAGUAAAAUUAGUUACUACAAGUUAUUGCAGCGAUAAAAUAUGAUAACUACAUAGCUAGUCGACAACUGUGGAUCGAAUCUUAUUAAAAGCAAUCUGCAAUCUCCUACUUCUCGAGAUACUGCUCAAACUGGAGUAUUUUUAUAUUUUUUAGACUAAAUACUGUACACUUUAGUAAAUGAGCUACUGAAUAUAUUUAAAUAUGGUAAAUCAAUAAUUUAAUUUAGCCUUGCUACAAUGUUAAUUGUGACAGCUAUUGUUCCAUUGAUUGAAGAGAUAAGCAUUUAGUAUUUGACUAAUUAUUUAGUAAUAUAAUUUAGUUAUUAUGGAGGACUUUUUUUAUGAAUGUCUUCAUUUUCCGGACAAUUUUCAAUAAUCAUUGGUUUACAGAGGAAAACCAAGACCACAAGUAUCAUUAUUUGUUCGUUCUCCUUUGUUAUUUCCUUUUCCUUUGCUUAUGAUUUGUGCACGCGACGAAUAGAUGAUCUAUUAUUUCUUACUCAAUAAAUGCGAGAUUAUUAGCAACACUCGUUUUAUCUAUAAA